GGCGCUUCUUCGGACCGCGAAACCUCUCGCUGAGUCCGAACCCUUGAUGAAGUCUUCGUCGGGGUCUCCUCUCCCGUCCCUUGGCGCGCUGCCCUGCUUAUUCCACCGUCAAUGGCGGGGGAAGUAACCCUGAGGAAGGCCAUCGGGGGCGUUCUCGGCUUCUUCAUCCUGCUCCUGAUCGGAAUCCUUGCCUUCUCGAUCCGCCUCUUCUCCGUCAUCAAGUAUGAGAGCGUGAUUCACGAGUUUGGUCCAUACUUCAACUACAGAAUCACUCAGUUUCUUACAAGGAAUGGAAUAUAUGAUUUCUGGAAUUGGUUUGAUGAUCGAACCUGUUAUCCACUUGGUCGUGUAAUUGGUGGAACUGUUUACCCUGGUCUGACACUAACAGCAGGUUCCAUAUGGUGGCUGCUGAAUAACCUCAACAUUCCUCUGUCAGUGGAGACUGUCUGUGUAUUCACUGCUCCAAUUUUUUUGGCUAAUGCAGCUUGGGCUACAUACCUUCUCACAAAGGAAGUUAAGGGAACCGGAGCUGGAUUGACUGCAGCAGCCCUGUUGGCAAUGGUGGCAUCUUGGUGGGACUAUGGUUACCAAACAACUGCAAUGGCAAAUCGUACAGUCAUUGUUGAUAAUAAUACCUGGAAUAACACUCAUAUCGCAACUGUAGGUACUGCUAUGUCUUCUCCAGAGAAGCCAGAUUGGGAGAUAUUCAAUUCCCUGGAUGUCAAAUAUGUUCUGGUCGUCUUUGGAGGUCUUGUUGGCUACCCAAGUGAUGAUAUCAAUAAGUUCUUAUGGAUGGUUCGGAUUGGAGGAGGUGUAUUUCCACAUAUCAGGGAGCCUGACUACCUUAGGGAUGGCCAAUAUCGAAUAGAUGCACAUGCUACUCCAACAACAUUGAAUUGCCUUAUGUACAAGCUUUCUUAUUACAGGUUUGUGGAAACAGAUGGUAAAGGCUUUGAUAGAGUCAGGGGGACUGAAAUCGGGAAGAAGCAUUUCAAGCUAUCCCAUUUUGAGGAGGUGUUCACUACACAUCAUUGGAUGGUUCGUAUUUACAAAUUGAAACCCCCGAAGAAUAGGAUUCGGGGGAAGUCUAACAAGUCUAAAUCGAAUUCCAAAGCCAACUCUACUAGCAAAUCGAAAAGGAUUGGUAAUAAUACAAAAAGGAAGAACCCCUGGCAGUGAAUUAAGUAAAGCGGAAUGACCUUCCAGCAUAGUGUAAAAGGACUUGCACAUGAAUUAUUACAAGAGUGAUAGAGCAGUUGAUAGCGGGCGGAUACAUGACCGAAUACAGAGGUUACGGGUCUUAUCACACCUUCCUAAUGUAUGUUUCUUUUUGCCUAAUUUUGUUUUACAUCAUCGCAUUUUUUAUUGGUCAUGGAAACCUGAAAUCUAGUCAUUUGUCAUGCGAUGUGAUUCAUCUGCGCAACCUUGGUGUACUCCGCCUUGUAACGACGAUCGAUGCCCUCGAAAGAAAUAGCAGAAAUUGCCAUCGGCAACCUCAUAUCCACACAUCAACAUGAUACUCAUAUGUCUCUCUCUGUAUGUACCUGCAAAUUCCAAGUACACGUCUGUAUAUAUCCGUGUAGAUCUCUAUGAAAUGUUGCUAAAUUGAAACUUUAAGUGACAUUUAUAUCUGUCUAAAUAAAAUAUCAAAUGUAUUUAUGCA